UGAGAAUAAAGCAAAAUGGCGGCGCUGGAGGUAACAGAAAGGACUCCAUUAUCACACAUGGAUUGCUAUAUAAUACAUGAAGUGUAUGAUGGGGAUUUCUCACAAGAACAAUUUGAAGCAGAGCUAGAUGCUGCACUAGAGCACCAGUAUCGUUAUAUUGUGAUUGAGCCCGCCCGGCUGGGAGAUGAGACUGCCCGUUGGAUUUCUGUUGGCAACUGCUUGCAUCGAACAUCUGUGAUAACAGGAGCUGUUUGCCUCUUAUCUCCUCUGGGGCUUUCCUCUAACUGUGCUUAUUAUUUAGGACUACCUGCUGGGGCAGUAAGUGUAGCUUGCGCCGCUUUAUAUUGUGUCUCUUGGCAGCCUGAUCCCUGCUGCCAAUACCAAGUUGACCAGAGUGGGCGAGAGCUUACUCGUCUUCCACCCGGGACACUAAGGACCUCGUCGCCAGUGGUGUUGGUACGGAAUGAGGAUACACAAAGAAAACGACUUCACAAUGUGAUCGCAUUGACUGCUUUAGCAUAUUGUGCCCAGAAGAUUUUUGAGCUGUGCACAGACUAAAAAUACUUGCGAAUGACCAUAAAGAUUAUACAGGAUUCUAGAUCUUUUGCUCCUUGUACCAAAGAAAUCUGUAUGCAGAGUAUAAACUCAUUUUCCUCACUUGCUGUAAUUGAAAUAAUGUGAAGGGCAAAUGUUCUAGUGCACACCCAGGAGAAAUAGAUGAUUUAUACAUCAUGAUCACUGAAAUAUAACCUUAAAUAUUAUUAUUUAUUAUUAUUAGGUAUCUGUAGAGCGCCAACAGAUUCCGCAGCGCUAUUAUAAUUGCUAUAAAGUGUUACUCUUGUAUUUUAGCUGUCUAUGCUCUAUACUCAGGGAAUCAUACUACAAACCAUUUGUAGAUUUUGCGGUAUUUGUACAGCUUAGGUCUUCAAUCUGCCACAACUUUAUUAACUGCAAAAGCACAAGAACGCUUUAUUCAGGAACCAUGCUCCGUAAAGCAAUCUCAAAAGGAACAGUAUUCGCAUCAAGCAAUCAGGGGACAUAAAACUCAAUAUUUAAUCAUACAUAGCAAAAUAUUACAAUGCACUUUAUUUAUUUAGUCUGCUUUUCCUGUAAUUUAUAUCUGAAAGUUGUAGUUUUCUCACUUCCAUAAAGAGUCUGGAGUGAAUUCUGUGGAAUUCAGAACUCUGACCCUCCUACAUGCUGUACUGUGAUUGCUUAAUGUUACCAAACAAUGCAAAAGUUACUAUCAAAAUUAGUUUUAACUGUUUUUAAAAUGUUUUGUUUACAGAUAUUUUAUAAUACAGUGAUUCAUUUCUGAUGCAUACAUAACAAAUUACUUUAAAGGGACAUUGUAUUAGAAUAUGUUUCCAGUAAUACAUUUUACCUGCUGGAAUGUUUACAAAUAGCUCCUGUACCUUUUUGAAAUAGAUGAUUUUGCCUUAUAAAACCACCACAUAUACUGAAAAAAAUAGAUACAAAUAUAAGAGCAGCUAUGGAAACCAGAAUCGCCUCUCUCUCUCUACGGGCUAGAUUCAUCAAUUUGAGGAUGGACAAGGUUCACAUGUUGUGAACUUGUCUGCAUUUCAUCGCAAAUUGUGGGGUGCAUUUGCUCCCCAUAUUUAGAAUUGCUCAUGCAAUGUUGCCCCCUUCGGGCUAAUUAUUUUUAAAUAAAGGCUGCUAGAGCAGGGUUUAGGAGGCAGUGCUUUAAGCUGCUUUAUAAAUAUCAGUUGGCAGACUCAAAUGAGCGAGCCUAAAUCCAAAAGGGACAAUCACCUGAUAAAAUAAUUCCCCAAGUACUGUACCAGCCUUAUAUUCAAAGAUAUAUAAUAAUAGCUCAGUUUAUUAAAAUGGGCAUUUUUAGUUCUAUUUCAUGUACAAAAAUAAAUAUAAACACAGUUUUCCAUAUAUUUAUACCCUGCAGCCGGUAAAACAAGUAAUUGGGAACACAUUAAGGGGAAACCAAUUUUAUAGUCCAUAUAGUACAUUUUGUCUCUUUUCUAUUAACAUUGUUAUCAUUUAUAAUGCUGAACACUGACUCCAGUAAUCAAUAGUAAGAUUUUCUUUAAACUUGAUAUCAUACAUAUGCAUUAAAGGUAUUUAUUUUUUUGCCAAAUAAAAAGCAUGAUACUUGUAAAAAGGAAAUCUUAAAAAAUAAAAUAAAAUACUAGUCGAAAUUUAAUAGCUGCCCUAACUUUUAACCCUUUGAUAAAGCAUUCAUUUGUAGGUAACAUUGGGCAUACUUUACAGCAUGUACGGAAAGCUAGUCUGUCACAUAAAUAUUAACUACAAAAAACCUGUACAGCACCCUCCAACUUCCCUUAUUAAUGGAUCUAGUGGGUCUUAUAAGUGAACUGGUGCCAAUCUCUUAAAUGCUAUAGGUGGCUUAUGAUGCAGUACAGUAUCGGUAGCAUUAAGACUAAUAUUUAAAUGGAAUUACACAUGUGAGAUUACCACAGUGCACUUAAACCACCUAAACAGAAAUAUGCGCGCACAUAUUAUGUAAAGUGUGCAGCAUUUAUGGGCAAGAACACUAAGCUGCUUUGCUGAAUGUGUUUUUUUUUCUUCUUUGUCUAGCAUCUAAGAUGUCAUAUUUAAGAUCACAUUUCCUUUUUAAAGGUGCAUUAUAUUUAUAUAUUUUUAAUGUGUACUUGUAUAAAAUCUUUCAGACACACAGUACAAUCUCAUGUACUUUCCAAAAUCAUGAUAUUCUGUUUCUACCACUUAGUAAAUAUCUUAACUAUUGAGGGUCAUAAGUAAAUGUGCUGAAGGUAGAAACCCGUUUACAUGGUAAAAAAACUAAUUGUUUAGGUGUUUCCAUUUACUUUUUAACAACAGUAGCACUUUUCUAUUUAAUAAAACAGUGUAUGUGUUUAACUUAAAAUGUGAAUAUACUUUGCAAAAACUAAAACCCAAUAAAAGUAAAAUGUAGCUUUUCAAAUGGAUAAUACCACACACAACUUUUUGGGUUAAUUAAAAAAAAAAUCUUUAUAUUGCAUUAUUUUUUUUUAUUAUUUUAAUUCUGCCUAUAUGUAUGCUUAUUGAUCUGUUUAUACACUAUUUUGUACAAAACAUACACAGAACUAAGUGUUUAUACAUAGGCAUGUACAUUUGGGAACUUUGGGAUAAAACACAAGCUGCAUUCUGCCAUUUUUGGAGCUGGAUUUAUUCUUUUGAAAGUGCAACACACUAAGAUCUGGAUUUGCACAGAUAUCUGUUUCACAAGAAUAAAUCUGGGUCAGAAAUUGCUGAAUGCAGCUUGUGUCCACCAGCAUCUGUUUCCUCCCAAAAGUUCAUGAAUGCACAUGCUUAAUAUACUGUAUGAUUCAAAUGUCUGAAUUCAGUAUCACACUCCUAUUUCAGCAUUUAGUUUAAAAAAAUUUUUUGACAAAGUAUACAGUAUUUCUUAAACAAAAACACUUAAUUUCCACUAAAAAAGGUAAAAUAAUAUUAAUGUGUUAGUAGAUGCUGAAAAUAAAUAAAUCUAAAUAUUUAGGAAGUUCAUAGUUGUCUCCUUAACAGCUUUAAUUCUGCCUAACAUUAAAUCUAGACGUUGAUGGUGCAUUUUAUUAAUAAUUUUAACUUUUGUUAGAACAUCCCAAAGAGUGUCUAGAGAUUCCAAAUUGUGUUUCGCUUUUUCCCUCUUCAAAUGUUCCCAAAGGUGUUAAGUGAGGUUGAGGUUUGAUAACACUGGAGGGAAAUCCAUGCAAAAUAGCACUUCUUGCUAGUCAUAGGAUGACAGAUAAGCCUGAUGCACCUUCUUUAUAAAUCUUGGAUAAUUGUCCUGCUGGAAAAUUAAUCUUCUGUUUUGCCCAUGGAGACGGCACUUUACUAAGCUUCUUUUGACUGAUUUUGCUUUCUGGGUUAAAAUGUUACUGAUUCAUUUUUUUUUUGUUUGCUUUUUUUUAAUUGUGGAUGCAGAUGCUGUUCAGUAAUGUUACUUGCUAUACUGUUGCUCUAAGGGUGUGGCCUCUAGGUCUGCCUGUUCUUGCUUUGGACGAUAAAUAUUUGGUAUCCAAAAAUCUCUUAAGUGUGCAUUGUAUUUCCUCUUGGAAGUAUUCACCUUUAUUGCAAUUUGGAGCUGGAAAUGUUUUUUUCUGCCUUCAGGUGAACUACUUAUUCUCAUAUAUAGCUUCAUUAAACUAUUUUGACAUGAUUGUAAAAGGUAAUUCAACUAAUGUCAACCAUCAAAGUUUUUUAUAAAGGAGAACAUAAAGCAAAAUUAGUAGAAACACUAGCAGGAAUGUAGCAAUAUAAUUAAAGGUAUAUAUUUUAACCUC